UCAGCGCGGUUUCACUCGCGCCGCGCCCGCCGCUCUUCUCCCGUCCGCUCCGGACCCGUCCAAUCCGCACCGCUCCCCGCGGGAGACUGUGCGGGUCCGGCGCGGAGCCGCCCCGCUUCAGCCAUGGCUUAGUGGCCAGCCGGCCCGGAAAAUGAGUUUCCCCGCGGAGGACGGCGUGGGCAGCCUCUGCCACAAAGCGCUUCAGAUCAUCUCCGAGCUGUGCCUGGGCGGGCAGGUGGAACGGGAGAAGUGCGCCGGCAUAUUCCCACUGGAGACCGCCCGACAGGGCAUCGGCGGCACAGACAUCUCAGUCAGUUUGUUAGCAGUAGUCGUCAGCUUCUGCGGGCUUGCCUUGCUGGUGGUCUCGCUUUUUGUCUUUUGGAAGUUGUGCUGGCCCUGCUGGAGAAGCAAACCUCUCACUUCCAAUGCCAGUAAUGUCCCUCAGAGCACCUCCAGUGCUCCUACGGAGGUUUUGGAGACCGGUGAGAAAAAGGAAGUUAAAGAAAAUGGGAAACCUACAACAAAGGUACUUGAAGCUGCAUUGAAAAUUAGCCACACUUCACCUGAUAUACCAGCAGAGGUCCAGAAUGCACUGAAGGAACAUCUGAUCAGACACGCACGCAUGCAGAGACAGAUCACAGAGCCCACGUCAUCAUCAAGGCACAAUUCUUUCAGGAGGCACUUGCCAAGGCAGAUGCAAGUGUCCAGUGUUGAUUUUAACAUGGGGACAGAUCCAAUUUUACAAAGGGGAGAGACGACAACCAGCAUUGGGAGAAUAAAACCAGAACUCUACAAACAGAAGUCUGUGGAUUCUGAUGGGCAACAAGAAGAUGUGAAAACAUGUGGAAAACUUAAUUUCACUCUCCGGUAUGAUUACGAGAAUGAACUUUUGGCUGUCACAAUCGUCAAAGCCUUAGAUCUGCCUGCUAAAGACUUCACAGGAACAUCCGACCCCUACGUUAAGAUUUAUCUGCUUCCAGAUAGGAAAAAGAAGUUUCAGACACGAGUUCACAGAAAGACAUUAAAUCCUGUCUUUGAUGAAACCUUUCAGUUUCCUGUAGCAUAUGAUCAACUCAGCAACAGGAAAUUGCAUUUCAGUGUUUAUGAUUUUGACAGAUUUUCUAGACAUGACAUGAUUGGGGAAGUAAUUCUUGAUAACCUUUUUGAAGUCUCAGAUCUCUCCAGGGAAGCCAAUGUAUGGAAAGACAUCCACUGUGCCACCACCGAAAGCAUAGAUUUGGGUGAGAUCAUGUUUUCCCUUUGUUAUUUGCCUACUGCUGGGAGAAUGACAUUAACAGUCAUCAAAUGCAGAAAUCUCAAAGCAAUGGAUAUAACUGGUGCAUCAGAUCCAUAUGUCAAAGUGUCCCUGAUGUGUGAAGGUCGAAGACUGAAAAAGCGGAAAACAACCACAAAGAAGAAUACACUCAAUCCAGUUUAUAAUGAGGCCAUCAUCUUUGACAUCCCUCCAGAGAAUGUGGACCAGGUCAGCCUCUCCAUUGCAGUGAUGGAUUAUGAUCGAGUAGGGCACAAUGAGGUCAUUGGGGUAUGUCGGACAGGAAUUGAUGCUGAAGGGCUUGGAAGAGAUCACUGGAAUGAAAUGCUGGCUUACCCACGUAAACCAAUAACUCACUGGCAUCCAUUGGUAGAGUUACCUGGCCGAGCAACCAGUUUUGAUAGCCAGGGAUCUUGUUCAUCACCAAAACCACCACUUACACCCUAGGGAGAAAGAGUGGAUUCAUCAUAUUCAGUGUUCAAUGCUCCCAUGUAGCUCACAUCUACAUAAACAGGUUUGGCUUCCACAGAUGAACUGUAUCCAUAUUUUUGUAUUAAAAUACAUUUUUUCCUAUUCUAAGUCUUAUAUUACAGUUUAUAAUAAUUUCUUACCUUAUGAAUGAAGUUGGCUUGAGCCAAAUAUAAUCCUUUCUCAUAAAAAUUCACUCAUCCGUUUUCUCUCUGGCAUAUAUCCAGUAUCAUAUCCAAUAUCUUUGUAUAGACAACGAAAUCAAAAAGAACAAUCCCUAAAGCAAUUCAAAACCACUGCAGAUUGUGAUGCUUAAUUCUUUUGAGAGAGAGCAAAUAGUCAUAUACGGCUCUCGUAGUAAAGCUCGUUUAAAUUGCACUACAUUCUGGAUGACUUCUCAAGAUUAGACUUCAAGCUGAAAAUUGUGUGAAAAAGAAAGAAAGGAAAAAAGGAAGUAAGAGGGAAAUAGAGAAAGAAAUGGAUAAAAUAGAAAGAAGAAAAAGAAAAAGAAAAAGAAAAAGAAAAAGAAAAAGAAAAAGAAAAAGAAAGAAAAAGAGAACAACAACAGUAAUUAUUGUCACGUUUUGACUGUUUGAAAUGUUAGUUCUUUCCUUGGGCAGGGUGGAAGGACUGAUCAAAAGUCCUCUGAGGCCACAUCAACUGAGUAGGACUCUUUACUGGGUUUUAGUUCAGCCUUUAUGGAAGAGGUCCUGUGACUGGAUCUAUGCAGUUAUAAUAUUCCAGCAAUCAGGAUGCCUGCUGCACCUACAGGAGCUCAUUAAACUGUCUGGCUUAAAUACCAUGCGCACCCAGGCCAACAGCUACAUUUGGUAGCAGUUUUACUUCAGUUAUCCACUAGCUCUGCAUGACACUGAACAACAGAUAUGGGUGUAUCAUUGUGGACAGCAAAUGUUUCUACGAGGAGUUUUGUGGAGGUUGCUGUAGCUCCACAGAAAUGUGUCUCCCAAGCAGAUGCAUCUAGCACUUUCAGUAGAGCCUGUUUGCUGUGGGCAUCAUGCAUCCCAUAUUCAGUCUUUAUUCAGGCCUGUGGGUGUGAAAAUGCUCUGAUGUAACAUAAUCUAUUUAAUGAAUUUUAGGCAUUCAAAAACAUGAACAAAAGCUGUCGUUACAAAAAAAAAAGCAUCUUUAUGUUUCUUAAUUUAGUAUGACAGUGUUAGAUUUGUUUGAAGUACUUUGAACUGAGUACGUAGCUCGUGCUCCUGGUCCCUCACUUGAUACCUCAAAUUAGAUGUCCAAAAUGAAUUUGAGAUGAGUUUUGUAUCAAUAUAUGGAGAAAGAAAUUGAAAUGUAACAAUUUUACAAACAAGAAAAUUUGUUACAAUACACACUGACAGCAACUACAAAAAAUCAUCCGCUGAAGUGAGCUGAUUUAAAAGCUGAGAGAGAACUGAAUAUUAUUUUGUAGAUUUAACUUUUUUUAACAUUACAGUUUACCUCAAUCAGACUAUUUAUUUAUUUAUCUAUCUAUUUAUUUAUGUAUUUAUUUAUUCAUUCAUUCAUUCAUUUAUAUAUUUAUUCAUUAUGAGGAGCAUAGAAAAGACUGAAUGGUUGGAUCUGAGAUUUUGAAACCUGAACUGCAACUAGAAAAGAGCAGUGACUCUUUUUGUAUGUCUGUAAGAUUUAAAAAUACAAGUGAGGGCAGUAUUUUUCCAAAACAGCAUUUUUACAGAACUGUCAUACAUGAGAGAAAUUGAAGAUUGUUUUUUGAUAAUGGAAAAAUGUGUGGAAAUUAAUAUGGUUAUGAAGGGAAAAGGGACUUUGGAGAGACUUGCAAAGAACCACUAGGGGUUGGUUAGUUUGGCCUGAUUGACACAGAAUGAAUUAAUAAAGAUCGAGCCACCUCCAUUCCUUUAACUGAUCCCUACAGCAGUCAGUUAUGCCUUGAAACAUUUUGACUCCUCUGGAAAAGCUGAGAAGGCUGUCCUUAACAUUCUAGGUGUUUUUAAGGCAACAAAAAGGAGUAAUUCAAAACGAUUUCAUACACAUGCAGAAAGCAAGCCAAAUAGACAAAUAGAGCUUUCAGGUAUUCCUUACUCAUUAUUAAUAACACUAACAAUAAUGGCUCCAACCCAAGUUUUCUAACGUCUGUUCAAAGUUGCUUUCCAUGGCCUCUAGACAGAAAUGCAUUUCCCAGAGAGGGCUCGUAAUGCUGAAUACUGAUCCUCCCUGUUCAAGAUUGUACUUUCAUCACCAUAAAUGCAGAGCUACCUUGCAGAAUUUCAUUUCUCUAUUUCCACAAGGUGUCUAAUAUUUUAAAUACGAGAUUUGUGGCCUAGAUCAUUUUCCCAGUGAUUUUGAGAUGCUGAUAUAGAUACGUAGAUAUGUAAAUGGAGAUUGAAAAACUAUUUUGUGUAUACAUUUAUCUUAAUACAAAUCACAUCAGCAGUGGCCUUUGUGGCCUAGAAAAUACUUUUUGUAAUGUGGUACUGUAACAGUUGAUUAAGUAUUCUUUGCACUUUUUUGCACCUAAUAUCCAAAAAGCUAACAAUUUCACAGUGAAAUGUAGCAUAAAUGUUCAGCAAUGAGCAACAUCUUUUUAACUAUUUCAUUGUUAUUUAUAAGUAUCCUGUAUGUUUCAUCAUAAGUAGUAAGAUAUUUCAAUUGUCAUUUCCUUAAAUUUAAAUCAUUGUCAAACACCAAAGGAAUAAUUGCUCA